GUCUCUGACGUCCGCUGAGAGCAGUGAAUACUCCCGGGGAAGUGUGGGAAUAACAGAGUGGGCGAGCAGCCAGAGUCCCACAGCGAGGACUAAACCGGGUAUAAAUCGGGACUAAACCGGAUCUAAACCAGGACUAAACCGGGAGUUAACCGGGACUAAACCCGGUCUAAACCAGGAUCUAAACCAGAACCUACCCCGGACCUGUGCUUCCGCCGUGUUCCUGGAUGUCUGCGUAAAGGAGAUCUUCAGAAGAUGGAGAGUUCUGUGGAGGCUUCCUCCACCUCCAAACCGGCGCUGGCUCCUAAACCCCGUCUGACCCCAAAACCCUUCUCUCUGCAGAAUCCCACCAAGCUCAAGUCCUUCAGCGCACCCAAGCUCCCCACGUCUCCUAAAUCAGGGAGUCUACAGGCAGAAUCCACCACAACACCCAAACCAAACACCACACCAGCCAAACCAGGAAGUUUAGAGACCGGGUCCACCAGAACUACAUCUAAACCAGGGAAUCUAACCACAAAUUCAACCGAGACCAAAUCCAGCAGGACACCUCCCCAAACGUCUGUUCAGAACGUGCCGGAGAACGCAGAUGUCACUGAUUCUAAAGGGACCAAACCAGGAGAAGUGCCCAUCUCAGAACCUAAGGAAAAGAUAACCAAUGUGGAAACAAAGGACAGAAGAGAGGAGGAGAGGAGGAUGGAGGAGGAGUGGAGGAGGGAGGAGCAGAGGAACGAUGAGGUGGUGCUCAGACACUCUCUAUCUCCAUGGAUAGGGAGCAGAAAGCGUCUCUCCUCUGACCUCGUGUCCAAGUUUGAAAAUGGAGGUCUGAAUGUGCAUCCGGUCACUACAGCAAUGCCCAAAACAGACGAGAAGAACGAGAAGAACGAAAAGAAUGAAAAGAAUGAAAAGAACGCAGAGGGUGAGAAGAACACAGAGAACACGGAGAACGAGAGGAACGUGAUAGUGGAGAGUGGAGGGAGCAUCAAACAAAGAAUCAGUCAGCUGUUUGACUCAACGAGAGAGGAGGAGAGAAGGAGAGAAGAAGAGAUGAGAGAGGAGGAGAGGAGGGAGGAUGAAAAGAGAGAGGAGGAGAGAAGGGAGCAGGAGAGGGAAGAGGAGAGAAAGAGGGAGGAGAUGAAGAGAGAGAUGGAAAGAAGGGAGGAGCAGAAAAGGAUGGAGGAGAGGAGGGAGCAGGAGAGGAGAGAGGAGGCAAGGAGACAAGAGGCCAUCAAAGAACAACAAAGGAGGGAGGAAGAAAGGAGGAUGGAGGAGAGAAGGAUAGAGGAGGAGAGGAAAGAACAACAAAGGAGAGAGGAUGAGAGGAGGAUGGAGGAGAGAAAGACUGAGGAGCGAACGAUGGAGGAGGAGAGGAGACGAGAGGAGGAGAGGAAAGAACAACAGAGAGAGGAAGCGAGGAGAAUGGAGCAGAGAAGGAAGGAGGAAGAGAGGAGACGAGAGGAGGAGAGGAAAGAACAACAAAGAGAGGAAGAGUGGAGGAUGGAGAAGAGAAAGAUGGAGGAAGAGAGGAGACUAGAGGAAGAGAGGAAAGAACAACAGAGAGAGGAAGAGUGGAGGAUGGAGAAGAGAAGGAUGGAGGAAGAGAGGAGACUAGAGGAGGAGAGGAAAGAACAACAGAGAGAGGAAGAGAGGAGGAUGGAGAAAAGAAGGAUGGAGGAAGAGAGGAGACGAGAGGAGGAGAGUAAAGAACAACAGAGAGAGGAAGAGUGGAGGAUGGAGCAGAGAAGGAUAGAGGAAGAGAGGAGACGAGAGGAGGAGAGGAAAGAAAAACAGAGAGAAGAAGAGAGGAGGAUGGAGAAGAGAAGGAUGGAGGAAGAGAGGAGGCGAGAGGAGGAGAGGAAAGAACAACAGAGAGAGGAAGAGUGGAGGAUGGAGCAGAGAAGGAUGGAGGAAGAGAGGAGACGAGAGGAGGAGAGGAAAGAACAACAAAGGAGAGAGGAAGAGAGGAGAAUGGAGGAGAGGAGACGAGAGGAGGAGAGGAAAGAACAAGAGAGGAAAGAGGAAGAGAGGAAGAUGGAGCAGAGAAGGAUGGAGGAAGACAGGAGACGAGAGGAGGAGAGGAGGAAGGAGGAGCUGCAGUCCAGAAGGUUUGACCCAGACCGAACACGGAUCAUCUCAGACGGUUUGGAGCAGACGAGAGGAGCGAAGGAGGAGGAGAGAGAGGAGAAGAGAGAGGAGGGAGUGUUUAACCGUAGGAGCGAGAAGAAGAGGCGAUCUGUGAGGUUUGGCGUUGUAGAGACCGAUGACGGAACGCCUCCCAUUAUCCUGGGACCUGACCCAAGCAGCGAUGAAGAGGAGGAGGACAAGAAUGAGAGAAGGAGGAGAGAGAGGGAGGAGGAGGAGAAGAGGCUGCAUGAGGAGUUUGAACUGAGACGAAAGAGGGAGGAGAGAGUGGAGGGCAGAGAUGAGGGGGAGGGAGACACAGAGGAGGAGGGAAGGAAAGGAGAGGAGGAGGACAGAAAGAGAAGAGAGGAGGAGGAGGAGAGACUGAGAGAAGUUGAGCGACAAAAGAUGGUGGAAGAGAUGGAGAGACAAAAACAACAAGAGGAGAGGAAGAGGCAGAGGAGAGAGGAGGAGCAGAGGAGGAGAGAGGAGGAGCAGGAGAGGAGAGAGAAGGAGCAGAGAAGGAUAGAGGAGGAGCAGAGGAGGAGAGAGGAGGAGCAGAGGAGGGGAGAGGAGGAGCAGGAGAGGAGAGAGAAGGAGCAGAGAAGGAUAGAGGAGGAGCAGAGGAGGAGAGAGGAAGAGGAGAGAAGGAUAGAGGGGGAGCAGAGGAGGAGAAAGGAGGAGCAGACGAGGAGGACAGAGGAGGCACACUACCCCCUCCUCCCCUCUGGACUCUCAGGAGGAGACCAGGGCAAUGUAGAUUUUGAAGAUUUCUCAGUGAAAAAGUCUCUCAUCGACAGCGUGGACUUUGACGACUUUUCUGUGAAACCAAAAAGACGGAGCUCCAGAGCGGACACCAAAGGAAUGAGAGAAGAGAGAGGAGAGGAGGCGAGGUGGAGGGAUGAGAGGAAAAGAGAGGAGACAAGAAGGGAGGAGGUGCAGGUGGCCCACAGGCAGGAGCUGAAGGCGGUCAGAGGGGUAGAGGAGAGCAGACCCGCCAUGGAGGAACUGAAAUGGAGAGAGAGGAUGGAGGAGUUCAGUGUGGAGAGGGGGAUGGAGGCAGAGAGAUGGAGGGAGGAGGAGAAACGAGAGGAGGAGCGAGGAGAGGAGCCAGUGGAUACCAUAAAUAUGAUGACACCGCAGCAGGAGGAGCAGUCUGUGGAUGGAGAGAUGGAGGAGGAGGAGAGCGCAGAGGAGGAGACCAGGCCGACGGAUGGCCCACGAGAGACGAUAGAGAGAGACACCGCUCUGCAGGCACAAAUCCCGAGUGACCCAAGAGCGACCGAGGGGAAGAAGCCAGCGACAGAGGAGGAGGAGCCAGAGCCCGAGGAGGAGGAGUCAGAGAAGCAGAGACACCCAUCCACUCACACAUACAGGUUUGAGUCUCUGGAGGGCUCCAAUGAGUCACACACUGAAGAACCAGAAGAACUUUCUCUCUUCCCCGACGUGACACCUCUCCUGGACUCCAAAAUUCAGAAGUCAAAGGUGGAUUUGGGGAGGAGGAGGAGCAGAAGCAGAAAUCCUCGCUCGAUUCGACUUACGGCAGAAGAGGCGCGGGACUGGAGAAGCUGUGAUUCCACAGACAGUCCGGUCCUUGUCAGGUUAGACUCACCUGUGGAGGAGCCUCCAUUGAAACAGCGCCACCAGAGGGUCAAUCUUUUCCCUGGGACUAGUCCUGCGGCUCUCAUCGCCCAGAUAAAGAAGAGGACCUCAGAGCGACACCCAGAGGUACAGGAGAGCACUGAAAAUGGACGUGAGGAGAGGGCAGAGUCAGAGGAGGCGACAGGUGUGCCCCUGUCACGCUCCCCCCGGCCCUCUCGCCAAAUGGCAGGUGCAAUGAUGGUGCUACCCCCUAUGGACUCAGCAGGUGGUGGCUUGUCUCCUGCUUGGCUCAAAGAACUCAAGUCCAAGAAGAAAAUGCAGGAUGGAGAAGCUUAGCCUGAGGUGAGGAGCAGGCCCCUGAGAUCUCCUCUCAGACUGUAUAGAGUCUUCUACAGACUAUAUAUAUAUA